UCUGUACCCCUCCCUGACCACCAGCACUGUGUCCCCCCCAUCUCCUCCGAUCCCCUCCACCCAGCUGUGUGUGCAAUAAUCUUCCAUCUAUCCAGCAUCUGUAUUAUCACUGAGGAGGGGGCUCCUCUCCUCUCUAUCACAGGCAGUCAUUUCAGUCCUCUUCUCAGUAAGUGUUGGGGGGGGGGGGUCUCUUCUUUCAUUCAUCCUCUGUUAAUGAUCUGCCAUUCAUUGCUCUGGCUCCAUAGGGGGGAGCUGGGGGUGUUUUAUGGGAGUAUUGGCGGGCAGUGACCACCGUCCACACUGCAGCCACCUUCACAAAAGCCCCUCUGCGGGUAUAUGGACAGGAGCUCCCUCCUGCGGCUCAUCCAGGGGCAGCUCGACCCAGACAACACCGGAUUCGUAUGUGCAGAGACCUUCACCACCCUGGUGAACAACCAUGAGCUGCCCCUGGACCCCGCCAAACUGGAGAUGUUAUUUGCCCUCUCCCAGGGUAACGAGGAGGGGCAGAUCUGCUACCCACAGCUGGUGGACCUGAUAAGCAGCAAGAGGUCCAGCAGCUUCCGAAGAGCCAUUAGCAGCGGUCAGCGAGCUCUUCCCCGUGAUGUUCUGCUUGACCAGGAUGGGCUGGGUGUCUACAAGAGGUUUGUCCGCUAUGUGGCCUACGAGAUUCUGCCUGGGGAGAUGGAGAGACGCUGGUACUUCUACCAACAUCGGCCAUGCCCACCGCCCGUCUUCAUGGCAGCUGUAACCCUGACUCAGAUCAUAGUAUUCCUCUGUUACGGGGUCAAACUGAACAAGUGGGUUUUACAGACGUACCACCCCGAGUACAUGAAGAGUCCGCUGGUCUACCACCCGGGGCAUCGGGCCAGAGCUUGGCGCUUCCUCACCUACAUGUUCAUGCAUGUUGGCCUGGAGCAGCUGGGAUUUAACACCCUGUUACAACUGAUGAUCGGAGUUCCUCUGGAGAUGGUACACGGGGUCCUGCGGAUAGGUUUUCUGUAUCUAGCCGGGGUGUUGGCAGGAUCCCUUGCUGUUUCCGUCACAGACAUGAGAGCUCCUUUGGUCGGAGGUUCCGGUGGGGUUUACGCCCUCUGUUCUGCCCACCUUGCUAAUGUUGUCAUGAACUGGGCUGGAAUGCGCUGCCCUUACAAGGUCCUUCGAAUGGUUCUUGCAUUGGUUUGUAUGAGCUCAGAGGUGGGCCGUGCAGUGUGGCUUCGUUUUUCCCCACCAUUACCAUCUGCUGGACCCCAGCCCAGCUUCAUGGCCCACUUGGCAGGAGCCGCUGUUGGUGUCAGUAUGGGCUUAACCAUCCUGCGCAGCUAUGAAGAGAACCUCCAGGACCAGUGCGGCUGGUGGGUCAUCCUUCUGUGUUACGCCACUUUUCUAGCCUUCGCCAUCUUCUGGAAUGUGUUUGCUUACGACCUGCUCGGCGUUCAGAUCCCGCAUCCCCCCUGACCCUGACCACACUUGGGUGCUGAGAUGAACCAGUUCCUCCACUCACCCACAGCAAAGAACUGACUUUGGAAACUACUGCUGGCACCUUCGGCAGCCCCGAAGACUAACAGAAUUGCGGUGGAGCCAGGCUGAGCCAUUGGAGGGCUUUCACUUGCCCUUCACGAUGAAAAGCAGAGUCAUGUGAUGCUGUUUGCUAUGUAUAUAUGUGGUCAGGUGAUUUUAUAAUCUAUUUUAUUUUUAAUUGCUGCUCUAAAUUAUUAUACCUUGUACAUAGAGCUUUUCAGAAGGUGGGUUAUCAUCAGGUAAACAGACCUAAAAACAGACUGGGACCUGUUUAUCAAACUGCAUGGAGGAAGACAGUCCCAGACAAUCAGUGUUGCCCAAUCAAAGUCUUGCUUUAAAGUGAUCGUGCCACCACAAAUGCUUGCCACUGCCCUAAUAUCAGGUGCCUCAAGAUGCCUACAUAUACCUCUCUUUCACUCCAUUGGUUUUUAUUUGGUGCUCCUCAAGGGCCUUGGAACCCAGACACCGCAAAAUGUAAAAUUUGCCUUCCAUGCAAAGUCUAAAGGUCAGGCCUGCUCUAUACCAUAACCCUUAAGAUGCAAACUUUGACCAUGGAAGGUAAGGAAGGAACAUCCUAGCUGUCAACAGCUAAGAUUCAAGAUUUAUUUAUAACAUAUGUCGGGGUUUCUUGGGUGCUUUUAAAAUGACAGAUAGGUAUGUGCGCCCACCUUGAUGUGCCUUUUUUUCAGCAGACUAACCAACAUUUAUACUUUACAUGGUGGCAGGAUGACUUAAAAAGCAUGGAAAUAAGAGUUUAACUGGCUGCUAUGGGCCACAAAGACCGUCUAGGACAGUUCUAACCUCGAGCACUUUGACAAUGGAAGUCUAAUAUGAAGGAGGAAACAAAGAAGCUCAAAGCGAAACUCCUCCGUAGUCCAGGUGUCCCAGUUUCACACAUCCCAUGGGUCCCAGUCUCUCUAAUAGUGGUUAGACAGUUCAUUUCAUUUAUAGGUGUGUGUCUCAUUUUUAUGCACACGUUUGCAUCUCUUUAGUAAUGCGCAUUUUUUUUUGAAGCGGCCAGUAUUAACAGCUUAUUGAUGAGUGGAAUAAGAAGCCCCAAUCAGGUCCAACCCAUGCCAUGUCAUUGUACCUACAUUGCUUCUAUGCAUCCUCCAAGUGUCCCAUGUUGGCAGUUGAUGGAUGCUAGAGGUACGUAGUUUCACUGCAAUACUAUUUGUCGGAUUAGGACCAACAUCUGCCUGGUAAAAAGGUCACAUGACUAAUGCCAUUCUUUUCUUCUACACAUCCCGCUGCAGAUCAAUGGUAGAUAGUGGGGGUAAUAUGCAGAGCAUGUAUAUCCCCUUAUUUUUGCCUGGCUAUACUUUUUUUGUUGUUGUUUAUUAUAUAUAUUUGCUUAAUGAUUGAGCCUAACCUGCUCCUUUAAGGCCUAGAAUUACAUGGGUGAUAUUUAAAAGUCCAAUCAUGCUUCUCGAUUAAUCACCAAGAGUAGAUACCGAUCGAUGAACAGAUGGAAUGUCUGGCUUUCCAUGGUAUGGACUAUACAGGUAUAUAGGUGGAUUCAGAUAGACUUAGGCUGGCGUAUCAGUAGAUACGCC